UGUACUUCAAGCACCAUGGGAUUUAGGAUACUGCAUCUUGUUCGGCCAUUCAUGGCCAUCCUCCCGGAAAUCGCGACUCCGGAUCGAAAGGUGCCUUUCAAUCAAAAAGUAAUGUGGACUGCUGUGACCUUGUUCAUCUUCUUGGUCAUGUCGCAAGUUCCUUUGUAUGGUAUCAUGUCCUCCGAUUCGUCAGAUCCCCUGUUCUGGAUGAGAGUCAUCUUGGCUUCUAACCGUGGUACACUCAUGGAAUUGGGUAUUACACCUAUUAUUACUUCUGGUAUGAUUAUGCAGCUUCUUUCAGGAGCCAAUAUCAUCGAAGUCGACUACAGUUUGAAGGAAGACCGUGCUCUGUUCAGUGGUGCACAGAAAUUGUUUGCCAUGAUCAUUGCCUUUGGCCAUGCUACUGUCUCUGUAUUGACUGGAUUGUAUGGUAGCCCCAAGGAUAUUGGCGCUGGUGUCUGUUUGCUGUUGAUUAUUCAGUUGGUGGUGGCUUCCUUGAUCACGAUGCUUUUGGAUGAACUUCUACAAAAGGGAUACGGUCUUGGUUCUGGUAUCAACCUUUUCAUUGCUACCAACAUUUGUGAAACGAUUUUCUGGAAGGCUCUUUCUCCCACGACCAUGAACACCGGCCGCGGUGAUGAGUUCGAAGGUGCAUUGAUCUCUUUGGUGCAUUUGAUGAUGUCUCGAAAAGACAAGACACGUGCUCUCAAGGAAGCCUUUUAUCGUACCAAUCUUCCCAACGUCAUGAGCUUGUUAUCGACGGCGGCCAUUUUCGCUGUUGUCAUCUACCUUCAAGGUUUCCGUGUGGAAAUUCCGGUCAAGUCGAACCGCAUGCGUGGUCAGCGCGGUACUUACCCUGUCAAGCUUUUCUACACCUCCAACAUGCCUAUUAUGCUUCAAUCCACCAUGACUUCCAAUAUCUUCAUGAUCUCUCAAAUGCUCUACAAGCGUUUCGAAACCAACCUUCUUGUCCGUCUCCUCGGUGUCUGGGAACCCAUUGAUGAAUCUCCCCAACUUUUCGCGACCAGCGGUAUUGCCUACUACCUCUCCGCUCCUCGCAACAUCACUCACGCAUUGAUGGAUCCUAUUCACACCGUUAUUUACAUCGGCAUCAUGCUUGCUGGUUGUGCUCUGUUGUCCAAGAUCUGGAUUGAAGUGUCCGGCUCUUCUCCUCGCGAUGUAGCACGUCAAUUGAAGGAUCAGCAAUUGGUGAUUGCCGGUUACCGUGAUACUUCCAUGUACAAGGAAUUGAAGCGUGUCAUUCCCGUCGCUGCUUCCUUUGGUGGUGCUUGUCUUGGUGCUGUUUCCGUUUUGGCUGACAUGUUGGGCGCCAUUGGUUCGGGUACCGGUAUCUUGCUUUGUGUGACCAUCAUCUUCCAGUACUUUGAAAUGUUUGUCAAGGAACAAAUGGAAAGUGGUGCUGGUAUGGAGGGUAUGGUGAUGGGUCAGUAGAAAGGAAAACGGAAAGGAAAACAUCCAGCCCCCUGAUGGAUAAUUAUCCAUGAUUUUACCUUGAUUUCUACUUUGUUCUUUUCUCGUUCAACGUUUUUUUCCCCCUUUUCUUUUCUUUUUAGUAACCACUGCAUGUAACCAAGAAACAUAUGAAAGCUCUUUUAGAGAGUCAUCUUAUAUAAAAUGAUACAAAAAACAACUUAUAG